AUGAGAUUCGCCUCUCUUCUCACUUCCGCAUGCUGGGUGUCAACCGUCUCUGCUGCCUUUGAUCUCAAUCGGGGAGGAGCGGUGCUCAAAGCUCCUGAAGGCGAUUCAUUCCAAACAGUAGCUGGCACAUUUACUGUUCCCAACCUUUCCGGCACUAAUCGGCUAUCCAUAUGGAUCGGCAUUGGUGAUAGUCUCCAGCAAGACUACGUUCUCGGCGGUGGCAUCGUGUACAACAGCACCCUGCAGAGUUUCGCUGCAUACUUUCCAAGUCCAGUAACAGAUACAACUUCGGCUGUUCCAUUCGCCAACGGGAAUUCGAUCGGCGUCACUAUCAGUGUUAAUGAGACAGGAAGCACAGUGACGAUUGAGAACAAGACUCAAAACCGGAAGACGACGCAGACACUGGCAGCUCCAGCUGGUGUUGAUCCAGGGCUUUUAACUGCCCUAACAGCAGAUUGGUUUGUCCAGGCCUAUCAAGUCAUUCCUGGAGAAUUGGUAACUCCGCCAAACUUUGGAACUUUGUCUUUCACAUCCGUGGCAGCAACAACUAGGAGUGGAGUAAAUGUUCCGAUUUCAGGAGCUGGUCGCUAUGAGAUCCAGGGAACUAGUGGGCAAAUAUACUCUCGGACGACAAUCUCCAACACCACCAUCUCAGUGCAGAGGCAGUUUGUGUAG